AUGCCAUCAAGCCUUGAGAAAUUAGCUAAUAAUCUCGAUGAUGAACAAUGCAAAAAUCUCCGUUGGUAUUUCACAGAGGAUGACACUUUUAAGCUCAUGCGAAGGAAAGGUGUUUAUCCCUAUGAGUAUAUGAAUAGUUGGAAACGAUUCCAAGAGAAUGAUCUACCACCGAAGGAGGCAUUCUAUAGCAAGCUGAACAUGAAUGCUAUUACCGAUGAUGACUAUGGGCGCGCUCAAAAAGUCUGGAAUGCUAUUACUCCAGAGGGGGAUGAAACUACCAUGGGUGACUAUCAUGAUAUAUAUCUCGCCGCAGAGGUUCUGUUGCUUGCCGAUAUCUUUCAGAAUUUCCGAGGAGUCUGCCAUGAGAACUACAAGCUCGAUACUGCCCACUUCUAUAGCGCACCAGGCUUGGCUUGGAAAGCAGCACUCAAGUACACGGGCGUAAAGCUUGAGCUACUGACGGAUCCUGACAUGCUCCUAACGUUCGAAAAAGGUAUUAGAGGUGGUAUAACCCAGGCUGUACACCGCUACGCGAGGGCUAAUAAUAAGUACAUGGGGGAUCAAUACGAUCCGGAGGUUGAGUCGUCAUACCUUCAGUAUCUGGACGCCAACAAUUUAUACGGCUGGGCGAUGCAGCAACCUCUACCAACCCAUGGUUUUAAAUGGGUAGAUGUUGAUUACCCGGAGAAUUUACACGAUAAACACAAUGAAUUACCCUUCCUGCCGGAGCGUAAGGUGGUAUACAGGGUUGAAAAAUUGAUACCAAAUCUUGAACACAAGAAGAAAUAUGUGGUGCACAUCGGAGCUUUACAUCAAGCUAUAAAGCAUGGGCUCGAGCUUAAAAAGGUUCAUCGCGCUAUCCAAUUUCAACAUAGUGCAUGGCUUCGGGACUAUAUCGAACACAAUGCAAAGCUGAGAACAGCCGCCAAGAAUGACUUUGAGAAGGACUUUUACAAGUUAAUGAACCUUAGCGUGUUUGGGAAAACUAUGGAGAAUAUCAGGAACCAUAAAAAUAACAAGUUAGUCACGAAUGAAGCCGCAUAUGCAAAACUCACUAUGCAACCAAACUUUAAAAGCGGCAUAAGUUUUAGUGAAAACCGCAUGGGUAUUGAGAUGGGUAGGAUGGGUAUUAAGAUGAAUAAGCCCGUGUAUAUUGGUCAAGCUAUUAUAGAUCGGUCAAAAACCGUCAUGUAUGAGUUCUACUACGAUUACAUGCAGCCAAAAUAUGGUAGCAAACUGAGGCUUCAAUAUAUGGAUACGGACAGCUUCAUUUACCACAUACGAACAGAGGACUUCUACUGCGACAUAGCCAACGAUUUAGAAGCACGCUUCGAUACUAGUGCCUAUAGCAAAGAUGACGAUAGGCCCCUGUCAAUAGGGAAGAACAAGAAAGUUGUGGGUCUCAUGAAAGACGAAUUAGGCGGCAAAAUUAUGACCUCAUUCAUCACAUUGAGACCUAAGGAUUAUGCAUAA